AUGGCAACCCUAAACUCUGUUGGUGCUUGUCGUUCUGGUUUUUCUCUGCUGCUCAGUUCACGAUUGUAUAAGACCUUUGUCCGCCCAAAGUUUGAAUAUGGUUUGGCAAUCUCCACUCUACUGAAGCAAGAUAUCAAAGUGCUGGAGUCCAUUCAAGAUAAGUGUCUUCGCAUGAUUGUUGGGGGGCAUGCCACGUCCUCUACAAUUGUGUUAAAGCACAUCUGCAAUCUGCCAAGUAUGAAGUUUCGUGCCGAUGCUCUUAUGGCCAAGUUCUGUAUAAGAUCACGCUUUUUGCCAGCCCAGUGCCUUCUGUCUCUUUUGCACCGUCAUCAUACCGUCUAUUCUUCACUUGUCUCCUUGGGAAAAACCCAUCUUCUGUCCAAUCUCCCUCCAACACUCAAACUUCGAAGCCCUAGUGCUGUAAAAAAUCAUUUUGAAAGCAUUAGAGAAGCUGGAUUUGCAACCUUUCUCCAGUCUAAUACGCAAGUUCUCAUUCAAGCAUGCCGCCCAGUUCUUGGAGUUGAUCCAAUCUUGUUUUUGCCAGCCUCACGUGUGGAACGUAGCCGUUUGAUUCGUUGGAGAAUGGGGUGGUUACCAGGCAAACCAAAGGAAUGUCCUUGUGGAUCAGAUCACACCUCACGCCGCCAUUUGUUGGAUUGCCCACUUGUUCCUAUGGCACUAUUUGAACAGUUGCCUCAACCUGACCAAGAUCAGAUACACAGAAUUGAUUUUGCCAUCACAUCCUUGCCUUUGUCAUCUCAAGAACCGCGACCUGCUUACUGGAUACCACUGCUGACUAUUCUCUGGCACAUAGAUGUUAUAUGUAAUCCUGAUGGUGACUAUUCACAUGAGACUGAACAUGGUGCUCUUUGGAUAUAA